CACCAGCGGAUGACAUAACUCCAACUCGACUACGUUCUUUAGGUACCUGGCCGCCUAAGCCCACGCAGGGCGGCGGGGUAAAUUGUGGCUAAUAGGUGUGCUGUGGCGCGGCCUCAAACCAGUUAGUUUGUCUGGGACUAAAGCUGAAGCCCAAAAUUACCGGGCUAAGGUACGAUGGAGCCCCGCCAUGUAUGAACGAGGACUGUUACAGCCGUCUCCAUACCGGCUCGCCCCUUCACUUUCACCUUCGUCUUCACUCCAACACUUCAUACGAAAGCGAUUCCUUGUAACCAUUCUCGGUCGACAUCUGGCAGCUUGUUUGUUUCCGGGGAUUUUCUGUGAGAUAUUGGGUGCCUGCAUCACGAGCACGUGACGGGAGCCUGCCUGGAUUACAGUUGCAGGCUCAGCCCAAUCGGUUCAGAUUUCACAAAGCAUCUCGCGACAUGGCAUCCCGAUUCUCAGCAGCGCGUCCUAAGAGGGCUGGCGAGGAAUUUGCACGGGUGCACCAUAGAGAGGAUGACGACACAGCCGGCGGCAGCAAGAAAGUGAGAUUUGACGUGCGGAACCCGUCAGCGCUAGCACCGACCGCGCGAGACUCGGACUCGGACGACAAUGAGGACCUCCUUGCCGCAGAUGUCAUUGGCACAACUGGUCGUGCUACGAAACGCGGUGCCAUCAACAUUGAUGGCUAUGACUCAGACUCGGAAAAUGAGUUCUUCAAUGCCCGGGCUGAGGAGCGCAAGAGCAAGAAGAAGGGCGUAGAUGCCGACGACGUGGACCUGGCCAAAGCCAUGGACAGUUAUAACUCGUCUGAUGUUCUAGGCGAUAAUGUCGAAGGUGAUGAUGAUGAAAUCGAUAUGUUUGGGGAAGAUAACGAUGACGACGCAGCCAACAGCAAGGCUCCCGGCAAAACCGCAGGCAAGAAGAACAAAGACGUCCGUUUCCUUGCCGAUGACGAAAUCGAGGGCCAAGAAGCCAAGAGCAAGAGCGGCGGCAGGAUUCGAUUAGACGGUAAUCUCAGUGCUUACGCUAUGGACGACAAUGAGAGCUCUGACGACGACGACGACGAUGAUGCCGACAUCGACGCGGCCAUUGCCGAGGAGGGCAUAGAUGAAGAAGUCGGUCUCGGAGGGCUUAAGAAACACGCACCCAAGAUAGACGCCUUCAACAUGCGACAGGAGCAGGAGGAAGGCGCGUUCGAUGAUGCAGGAAACUACAUCCGCAAGGCCAUUGACGCGGACUCGGUGCACGACCGCUGGCUGGACGACAUUAGCAAGAAGGACAUGAAGAAAGCGGCGGCCGCGCGAGAGAAGCGCGACGCCGAGAUGCGCGAAAAACAGCGCCAGGACGACAGCAUUUUGACGUCGGAUCUGCUGAAGGCGCUCAUACUGCGGCUGGAGCGUGGCGAGACGGUGCUCGAGGCCCUGGCCCGGCUAGGCAAGGCCAAGACAAAGUUCAAGAAGGUACCGAGCUGGAAGUUGAAGAAAAUGAAGAAGACGGGUAGCGAUGCCAUGGAUGUUGACAUGGCCAAGGAAAAGGACCCCAAAGACGUCAAGAUCACGCAAGUCAUCGAGGCCAUCACAGAUGCCGCGGACAAGCUCCUGCAGCGGGACUACCGUAGCAUCUACGACACGGAGAGGGAGCGGCUCGUGCGGGACUACCAUACCGAGACGGGCGAGGACUGGGUCGAGCCCGCCCAGGAAGACGAAGAGGCCGAGGGGCUGGUGACUAAGACGUGGGAGUUCCGGUGGGUGGACGGCCGCGACGACGCCGACAAGCAAGGGCCAUUUGAUGGCAAGACGAUGAAAGCUUGGCAGGACGCCGGCUAUUUUGCCGAAGGCGUCGAGUUCCGCCAUGCCGGCGACGAGCACGGCUGGACAAGGGUUGCAACGUUUGUAUGAUGUAGCGGAUAUGCUUCACUUUAAGAGGGCUGUGAGUAAUGAAAGCACGCCCUCGUUGUAAAUAAUGUAUGUGAUGAUAAUCCCUUGAUAGGGUGCUGUAAAGAAAGUUGAAACCCCAAAACUUCAAGUUAUUUACAAUGCUAAAGUUUACUGGAAAGGGCACCAGUUUUGCCUAGAUGCCUAGGUGCCUAUGUAUAGAACAUUAAUGAAGCCUAGAUGGAGGAUCAUAUCCCUAGAUAGACGGCAAAUCAUCAAAAAAGUCAGUAAUGAAUUUAAAACCAACCUCAAACUCAC